UAUAUGACUUCGAAACACAAGGCAAACCCCUUAAGAAGGAUCAAUUUCAUUGUCGGUGCAUUCUCUACUUGUGUACGUUGUCGCUGUUUCAUGCUGUUUUCAGAAGCCAACAAAAUCAAUGGAAUUCCAUACCAUAGAUUUCUGCGGUACUAAAAUCAUGACCACCGUGACAUCUUCAGCAAAAGUUGUUGAUCAAUGGAUUUCAAGAAUCCACCAAAUUCAUCACCGAAGGAUGUCAAAACUCAUACUUGGUCUGGAUAUCGAAUGGCUUCCAUAUUUCCCACCAGAGGAGCCAAACCCAGUUGCCAUUUUGCAAAUAUGUGUGGGACAUAGGUGUUUGAUAUUCCAGCUACUCUACAACGAUACCAUUCCUCGCUCUCUGCGCGAGUUUCUUGCCAAUCCAGAUUUUACUUUUGUUGGUGUGGGAGUGAAAGAAGAUGCGGUUAAACUGUUGGAAGAUUGGAAUUUGAUAGUUGGAGGUACUAUGGAUUUGGCCGAAGAAGCUGCUAAGAAGUAUGGAGUUGAUUAUUAUAAAAGAAUAGGGUUGAAGAGGUUGGCCAUGGCGUUGAUUGGCAAGUCUAUGAAAAAGCCUAAACAUGUUACUUUGAGUCAAUGGGAUUCCAGGAAGCUGUCUGAUGAACAGGUCGAGUAUGCGGCCAUUGAUGCUUAUGUUUCUUUCAAGCUAGGUAUGUUGUUGAUGAAGAAUGAUCAUGGCAGAAAAUAUCACAGCACUGGCCACUCCCAUUGUUGUCAUGAUCAUAUGCCACUCAGGCUUUCUGAAACUAAUUGUGUUGUAUAGAAUUUCUUUUUUUUCUUUUUUAUUUCUUUAUUGGAUUAGGAAUGUUAAAAACUUAAUAUCAAUGCGUACACGAUAAAAAACAUUGAGUUGUUAAAUUUGUGGAUCAUUCAUCGUCUACUAAACAAAAAGACACCAAAGUUAACAUAGUUCUUAGAUUUCAAAGUUUUAAUAAAGGCUAGUCUAGCAAAGAAAAUAUUUUGAUUCUAUUCUACUUUCCAAUUUUAAAAGUGUGAUAUAAUACAAUCUUAACUAUUAAAUUAAACUGAGAUCCUAAUAAAAUAAAAUAAAAAUAUAGACCAAAAUCCUUCGACCAAAGGGAAUUUACAAGUGACCAAAAUCCCUUUUGCCCAUUCUAUACACUUGAAUAACUCAGUAUACCAAAUUACAUUUUGAAUAGCUAUUUUGAUAACAAACCUAAGAAAAGAAAU